UUAUGUUGUAUAACCAUAAGCUAUUAUUCUUACACUAACUAACAAAAAAAAGAAGAAGAUGGAUUAAGGUUCUCAAAGAGCCAUUAAUUACACUUCACUAAGUCUCUAACAAUACUACAUAGUUUCUCAACAUGGAGAAACUAUCACAAAUGAAAAACAAGUUUUUCAAGUUUCUACCAAAACGACCGGUAGCUUCAGUGUCAAGUUAUCAAAAUCCAACUCUAAGUCCUAACACAAGUGUUACAACUUCACGAAAAGUUUCAAUAAUUCCAAAGGAAGCGCGAAGAAAGCAUCGAAGUAUAAGCUUUAGUGCACGAGAACCAACCUCUCCUAAGGUUUCUUGUAUGGGUCAAGUGAAGUGCAAGAAGAAGAGAAAGGUCAAAAGGGUUGAUCAAUCUUCAACAAAAAAGAGUGAUUCUGUUACUUCCCAUGAAUAUAAGAAGGUUUUGUUUUGGGAUUUUAAGGGAAGUUGUGAGAGUCCAACACAAAGUGUGAAAGCUUUUGUCUUGGAAGAGAACGAAGUUGUGGCACCGUCUUUGGGUUCGAUGAAGAAAUUUGUAAGUGGUAGAGGUUCAUUGUCUGAUUUUGAUGCUAAUCUUGCUGAGAGAUGAAUGUUAAUUUCUUAGUAGCAUUGGUAGAAAAGUGAAUCUGUUUGUGAAAAAAGAAUGUUAUCACAAGUUAUUGUGAUAGUUUUAAAUUGUGGACCAUUGGCGUAAUUGCAACCGCAAUAUAACGAUUUCAUAGUUCUCUGUAUCUUGAUGUGAUAUUUAUUUAUGCAUGGAUUUAUUGUCAAGUUUAUAUUGAAGGAAAACAAGUUUUUUCUAAGCAAAA